AUGCGGCACUCCCCUCAACCGGUCGGGUCCGACGACGACAGUGGCAGCACCACCGAUGUACCGGACAUCUUCUCCGCCGACGAUGCUACCGAUGAAUCCUCGGACAGUGCGUCUGAGCCAGACAGUGAUAACGACCCGGAAGAUCUUUCUGACGACGAUUCGAUCCUGGAUGAUGAGGAGGAACGGGAACUCCCUGCGGCGUACUUCUUACAGGAGGCUGAAUGUCUCGACGUCUCCCAACUACGGCAGAAACGCUACAGCCCAAGGACCCAGGCUAAGUUGGACGAGACACGGGAUUACUGGGACCGGUUCUGCCGCGAGGGCAACUACGACCCUGCCGAACGUUUCCGUUGGCUUUCCGACUCCGAGGAGACAGUCCGUUUCUUCAAAGCUUUCUUCUCGUGGCGAUGCAGUCGGCGACGAAACAAAAAAGGGGGCCGGACACCAGGAAUACGAUACAAAAGCUCACUGGAGACAUUCUGGAAGUGGUGGCAUCUGGUUUACAAGGCAGAGGUAGGCCACGGCUUAAGCAAAGACCUCAUUGUCAAGAUUCUGGAUGUACUGGCGAUCGUUGCUCGAGAGAAGGACCUCCGUUCUGGACGCCGACCGAAAGCGACGAUGUACAUUGAAGAUGUGGCGGAGUUCGCUCGCGUGCUAUUGUCGACGAUGGAGAUGACUUUUCAGUUCGGGUGGCUUCGGAUCCAACUCCUCCUCUUCUGCCAGCUGGCGGCCAUCACCGGUAGCCGCCCUGGGGCUCUGCUGAACUUACGCUAUAGGGAUCUUGAGCUGACUCUCAUCCGUCACCCGGACGGAGGGCGCCCACGAUUAUUUAUUUACUUGACCCCAAGGUUUACCAAGACAUUUCUGGGCGAGAAGGAAGAGAAUACCUUCCCUAUUCCCGAAAUCGUCUUUGACCCGACAUUGGUCCUCAGUCCUCAUGUGUUCCUUCUCGGCAUGCUGUUCCGUAUUCAGGCGUUCAAGAAUAUCUCCAAAGACGGCCUAGUGUUGGACUGUCCCGAAAAUCUGUAUAACCUUGGUGUUUUGGAUGGACUUGGAGAACAGCCGCUGAGAUUGAAAGAUGAAAUUCUCGAUCACUUUGUGUUCUGUCAGGGAAUGCGCGAAUCCGACGGACUUCGAAUUGCUUUGGAGGAGCGACUAACGGAAGGAGCGCUGCGAUAUCGAAUGAAACGGGGAGGCGAAAUCACUGGGUUUGAACAGGUCACAAAGCCGUAUGGUCUCCGUUAUGGGGCGGCGAAAGCAUUUAAUGACAGCUCGGAUGUGACGAACGAGCUCCAGAACGUGAUGUUACAGCAUGCGAACAUCGACACCUUCGUUAAACAUUAUAGCGUGGGCAUCCAUGUUGACGCCCAGGCCAUUGUCCGGGGACUGCCGGCUCAGAAACAGCUGAUGCGGUUCGCAGCAUCCAUGAGCCGGUCGAUUGAUCCCCGCCGACCGUACAAGCUCGAGGACACUAGUUGUGUCAACAACAUUCCGCGCGUGCGAACACUGCAGACGCGGGUCUGUGAAAGAAAACAAUUCCGGGACGAGAUGAAGCGGGCUUUUGAGAUGGCGGAACGGGACUUUGAGCGACGCUUCGGCGAUUACCAGAAUCAGAAGAAAGUGAAGAAGGAGCUACCAGCUCCCGCUCGACAGGCGCUUGACCGUGUGGCGAAGUCCGAGGAAGAGUACAGAGGCGCGGUCCGGAGGCAUCUCCGGGCGCAGCGUGUGUCUCGGAAUGAGUGGCAACGGCAACGUAACCACUUAGUGCGUGAGAAUCUGGAAAGAUAUAAGAACGAGCAGCCAGUGAUUGACUGCGAGAGGCAACUUGCCGGGAAGUUCUUGGAUGACGAGGUGAAGGGUGCUCUGGAGCGAACAGGGUAUAUGACCCCGCAGCAUAUGAUCCUGCUCGAUAAUAUCUUGAGCAUGCCGGGCGCCACUGUCGAAAAGGAAUACCAGCGCCGGAUUGCCGCAAUCAAUGCGGUCAUUGCUUUCUGUGACGUGGAGGAGGGAUCACCCACGAGACGACCAAACCCUGCACAGAAACGUCCUGCCAUGGAUUCUUUAUCGUCUGCUCCUUCCGCAAAAAGGCAAAGAUGCCUUUCGUCUGAUGGGCCACAGACCACCAUUUCUCAAGCGAUUGCGUCUGUCUGCAUUAAAAAGAAAGAGGAACGGCCGACGGUUUGCUUUCUCUGUCUGGGAAAUCCUCAUAUGCCAGAGCAUGAGCGGUCUAAAGACUAUUAUACCCCUGGGUCACUCACCCGUCACUUUGUUGACAUUCAUGUCAUACCAUAUCCAAAAGACAUGCGGGUUAAAUGCAGCAUCUGCGAGGAGCAGUUGGAGAGUAAAUCGGCAUUGAUGAACCAUGCUGAGAGAAAGCAUGGAACUGUCUCACGCCGCCCAUUGUCCGCCCUCGGCCCAAUUUAG